AUCGCUUCCUCCCGAAUACAAUCCUGGACGAGCCGGACAGCAACGCUAGAGGAUGAGAAGGCAUAGAUUCCCCACUUUCCACCCGUGGGAGAAGAACUUUUCCACCUUUGACGGAUCUCCCUGAUCUUUAUUAAAGCUUCGCUCGCCACUGUCACCUUGGGCUUGGGGAGUGCAGCUGCUUGAAGGAAGGGGGCCUGGGUCGGCCGAUUGCCAAAGGUCUGCGCCCCGAAGCUUGGCGAUCCUGAGAAAGAGGAAGGACGCCCAAAAGAGAAGCGCUAUGAGGUCUCCUGGGUGGAGGAGUUACUUUGGACAGCAGAAAAAGAAGAGAAACGCCAGGGUCCUGGGCUAAAUUUCCGAGAGUCAACCACGCCUUUGGGGCUCUUUCCUCUGGAUUCCUCACUUGGUGGGUUCUCUCGGCGGCUUUGUUGAAAUCGAGGGUUUCAUAUAAUGCUGCUCUUCAGCUGGUAAGGCCGCUCUGCGCUCGCCUCCGCCCCACUGCAAACCCCAGCGCCGGAGGUUUUGGAGAAAUGGCUUAGACUAGGGACGCCGAGCCAAGCCAAGCGGAGCUGGCCAUGCUUUGCUGGGAGUGAUCUUUCGUCUUGGAUGCAUCUGCGGAGCUGGCCUGGUCGCAGAGAAGGGAAAAGAAAGCACCAUGAAAGAGAAAUCCAAAAACGCUGCCCGAACUAGGCGGGAGAAAGAAAACAGCGAAUUCUACGAACUGGCCAAGCUUCUGCCAUUGCCUUCGGCUAUUACCUCGCAACUGGACAAGGCCUCCAUCAUUCGGCUCACUACCAGCUACUUAAAAAUGAGGGUGGUGUUCCCGGAAGGACUCGGGGAGGCCUGGGGCCACACAAGUCGAACCAGCACUCUGGACAACGUUGGUCGUGAACUGGGGUCCCACCUGCUUCAGACUUUGGACGGUUUCAUUUUUGUGGUAGCUCCUGACGGCAAGAUCAUGUAUAUCUCGGAGACUGCCUCGGUGCACUUGGGUUUAUCGCAGGUAGAGCUGACCGGCAACAGCAUUUACGAAUACAUCCACCCGGCCGAUCAUGACGAGAUGACCGCUGUCCUCACCGCUCAUCAGCCCUACCAUUCCCACUUCGUUCAGGAGUACGAGAUCGAGCGCUCCUUUUUCCUCCGGAUGAAAUGCGUCUUGGCCAAGAGGAACGCGGGCCUCACCUGUGGAGGUUACAAGGUGAUUCAUUGCAGUGGUUACCUAAAGAUCCGCCAGUACAGCUUGGACAUGUCCCCUUUUGAUGGUUGCUACCAAAAUGUUGGACUGGUGGCAGUGGGCCAUUCCUUACCCCCCAGUGCUGUGACGGAGAUUAAGCUGCACAGCAAUAUGUUUAUGUUUCGGGCCAGUCUGGAUAUGAAGCUUAUCUUCCUUGAUUCACGGGUAGCUGAGCUGACUGGUUAUGAACCUCAGGACUUGAUUGAGAAGACACUGUACCACCAUGUCCAUGGUUGCGACACUUUCCAUUUGCGCUGCGCUCACCACCUGCGUAAGGAGCCUCUUCCCUUUGAGCCUUUGAAGCCCUCAGCUGAGCCCUGUUUACUCAGAAUGCUAGUGAAAGGGCAAGUCACCACUAAAUAUUACCGUUUCCUGGCCAAACAAGGUGGCUGGGUCUGGGUGCAGAGCUACGCCACCAUCGUUCACAACAGCCGGUCUUCCCGGCCCCAUUGCAUCGUCAGCGUCAACUAUGUGCUCACGGACACAGAAUACAAAGGACUUCAACUCUCCCUUGAUCAGGUUUCGGCUACAAAACCGGCCUUCCCAUAUGCAAAUUCAAUUCCAACUAUAACUGACAAUAGAAAAGGAAGCAAAUCACGUCUCUCUGGCACAAAGUCCAAAUCUAGGACAUCACCUUAUCCACAGCAGUAUUCUGGAUUUCAUACAGAACGAUCUGAAUCUGAUCAUGAAAGCCAGUGGGGUGGAAGUCCACUGACUGACACUGCAUCUCCACAAUUAAUGGAUCCCACUGAAAGACCAAACUCUCAGCAUCAUGAUGUUUCCUGUGCCUAUAGACAAUACUCGGAUCGUGGUGCCCUCUGCUAUGGUUUUGCAGUUGACCAUUCUAGGUUAGCGGAUGAUAGACACUUCCAUACUCAAGCCUGUGAAGGGGGCAGGUGUGAGGCUGGUCGGUACUUUCUUGGCACACCACAGCCUGGAAGGGAAGCAUGGUGGGGUUCUCGAUCUGGCCUUCCCCUAACCAAAUCUUCUCCGGAAAGCCGAGAAGCCUAUGAAAGCAACAUGCCACACAUAACAUCCAUUCACAGGAUUCAUGGACGAGGGCACUGGGAUGAAGAAAGUGUGGUUAGUUCCCCAGAUCCUGGUUCGGCUAGUGAGUCAGGGGACCGAUACCACUCUGAGCAGUAUCAGGGCAGCCCACAUGAGCCCAGCAAAAUUGAAACUCUAAUUAGAGCAACUCAGCAAAUGAUUAAAGAAGAAGAGAACAGGCUACAGCAGCGGAAAUCCACCCCCGAUCAGCUGGUUUCGAUGAACGGAACUGGGAAAAAGCACUCUGUUUGUUUUACAAACUACCAUCAGCAGCAACAGCUGAGAGAAGCCUGCCGAGUCCCCAGCAUCACCACUACACCUCCUUGUGAACACACACAGCAACCGCGGGAUGGGAAACUGAUGAGCCCCCAGGAGAACGACUAUGACAACAGCCCCACGACACUAUCUAGAAUAAACAGUCCUGGGUCUGAUCGAAUGUCUAAAUCCGGCUUGAUCUUGGCUAAAGACUAUUUUCAUUCCGACGUGUCUCCCCAUCAGACACCAGGAGAUCAUCAGCCCACAAGCUCUCCCAAUUAUUACACUUCCCAUAGGCAAUACUUUGAUAAGCAUGCCUACACCUUAACAGGAUUUGCUCUGGAGCACCUUUAUGACAGUGAAACGAUUAGGAACUAUUCUUUGGGUUGCAAUGGAUCACACUUUGAUGUGACUUCUCACCUACGGAUGCAGCAAGAUCCAGCCCAGGGACACAAGGGCACAUCUGUUAUAAUAACCAAUGGGAGCUGAUGGGCCUUUCUCUCUUCCCCACCCCACUUCACCCCCCUUUUUAAGCUCGUCCUAGGAAAAGUAUCUUUGCAGAGUAAUAAUCACAGAUGCAUAUGUUUCACUACCAACAUUUGACGAGCUACAGUGCACUAAAAGAGUUCUUGUAGUGUUGAGUGUUGGUUUAUCCCAAUUGCUAUUUCAAAUGCAUUGGUCUCAAGGUUAAGGUAAAGAAAACAAAAUCAAACCAUAAAGCUAGCACUACAUUGUGAAGGAGAUCUAAGUUGGGAGCGCUCUUGCUAUGCAAAAUUAACCAUUUUGCUUGCAUGGACAUGCAUGAUAAACUAGUUAAGGAAAAUCUAUAUAAGUUACUGCUGUCUCUAAGGCUUUAAUAAAGUAAGAGCACUAUGCACUGAAUGUGUGUGUGUGUGUCUGUGUAUCUGUGUAUGUGUGUGCUAUGCAAAAAAUGCACACACAUAUACACGCAUACGUUCAGAAACAUACAUAGACAUAGAAGCAUACAUACACACAUAUACACACACAAAGAAGGAUGCAAAGCAUUUUGAGUUAUUUAAUGUUCCCUAAUAAUUCCCUGUUGGCCACAAAGAUUGCUAAUUAAAAGUUAGACUGUUAAUAUGGAAGUAGAGAAGUGCAGAAUUAAGAGAUUUGUAUGCUGUACAACAAUCUUAGGUUGUCACGUAGAGGCCAUAUUUUAAGAGAUAAACAACAUCAGGGGAAAGUGGAUAUAUUGGAAGUGAUGUAAUGGCAUAGGUUUGGAGGAAAGAGCACUUUUGAAAGCUGAUCACAAUAGCAGUUCUAUUUGUUGGUAAACUAGGAAAGUCCUAAUGAAGAAGUGGUAGAUACAGUAGGUGGAAAUGGUUAAAAAUCCAGUUAAGAGUUCCUUGAGCAACUUGUUAUGAAAACAUCAGAACAUAGCAAAAGAGAAAAUGGCUGCAGGUUUUUGGCUAGUCUAAAGAAAAGAAAGAGACAUGAUAGCAGUAUUCCAGUAUUUGAGAGGCUGCCACAAAGAAGAG